CCCCCUGCACGCAGGGAGGCUGUUGGAGGGGAUAGGGUGGAGCCCAGGGAUGAAGAGAAAAGAAACCAAUCGGAUUGGGUAAUCAGCUGCCAAGGCAACUGGAGGCUGUAGUUGUAUUGUCAUAGUAACCAGUGUGUGCGGACAGACUGGCUCUCCCGUGGCGAGUGGAUUCCCAGUUAAGUGCCCAGGCUUCCCCCUUGGCUCCCCUUCCACCUGCAGGCGUCCCCCAGGGUGGGAAUCCGGGUAGUUAUCCUGGGCGGUGAAGCUCAUUUCCUCCUCCCUUGCCCUUCCCCGCAGCGGUGGGGAAGACCCCGAGGCAUUCACCGUGGGCUUUUCCACCCGCCUGCGGGCGGGAACCACCUCCAUAGUUCCGUCUCAGUGCGGGGCGUGCGGAGGGCCGGGCCUGCGAGGAGGAUGCAGGGCCUGAAAGCUGGUGGGCGGCAGGCUGGAGCCAAGAGGGCGAGGCUGCGGCGCGAGGCGGCCAGGCGGGCGAGGGGUUUCCUCACGACUGCCUUGGGCUCCGGGAGGCGGGAUCCCUCCAGAACGGGGUCCCUGAGGGAGGAGAACGGCACACGACUGCCGAGAUCCCCAUUCUGCCGACAGGGACAUCUGCGGGUCGACCCUUACAGAAAUCCCCCGAAGCCCACCCGGCACACACCCUCGGUGACAGAGCCUCCCUGGAGUUCCCCCCGCGCGGCCUUCACGAGCCACCUCCUGCCGCGAGGAGGCCAGAGUAUUGUCCAGGUUACUAUGGAUACCACCGUAGAAGAGACAUGGUCCUUGUCUCAGAACCCACCUUCUGGUAGAGAUAACAGAAAAUAGGGGAGCAAUUAGGAUCCAAUGUGACGGUGUGGCAAUUAAGACAUAUCGAGACACAAAAAGAGUGCCGACCCUUGGACCAGAGCGAGGGACCCACCCGCACCAUGACCGAGACCACCAAGACCCACGUUAUCCUGCUCGCCUGCGGCAGCUUCAAUCCCAUCACCAAAGGGCACAUUCAGAUGUUCGAAAGAGCCAGGGAUUAUCUGCACAAAACUGGAAGGUUUAUCGUCAUUGGCGGGAUUGUCUCUCCGGUCCACGACUCCUAUGGAAAACAGGGCCUCGUGUCAAGCCGGCACCGUCUCAUCAUGUGUCAGCUGGCCGUCCAGAACUCCGAUUGGAUCAGGGUGGACCCGUGGGAGUGCUAUCAGGACACCUGGCAGACGACCUGCAGUGUGCUCGAGCACCAUCGGGACCUCAUGAAGCGGGUAACUGGCUGCAUCCUCUCCAACGUCAACACACCCUCCAUGACGCCCGUGACCGGACAGCCCCAGAACGAGACCACCCAGCCCGUUUACCAGAACAGCAACGUGCCCGCCAAGCCCACCGCAGCCAAGAUCUUGGGAAAGGUGGGGCAAAGCCUGAGCCGGAUCUGCUGUGUCCGCCCGCCCGUGGAGCGCUUCACCUUUGUGGAUGAGAACGCCAACCUGGGCACGGUGAUGCGAUAUGAAGAGAUUGAGCUGCGGAUCUUGCUGCUGUGUGGCAGUGACCUCCUGGAGUCCUUCUGCAUCCCAGGGCUCUGGAACGAGGCAGAUAUGGAAGUAAUCGUUGGGGACUUUGGGAUCGUGGUGGUGCCCCGGGACGCAGCUGACACAGACAGAAUCAUGAACCACUCCUCAAUACUCCGCAAAUACAAAAACAACAUCAUGGUGGUGAAGGAUGACAUCAACCAUCCCAUGUCUGUUGUCAGCUCAACCAAGAGCAGGCUGGCCCUGCAGCACGGGGACGGCCACGUCGUGGAUUACCUGUCCCAGCCGGUCAUCGACUACAUUCUCAAGAGCCAGCUGUACAUCAACGCCUCGGGCUAGCAGCCACGGGGCGCUCCGCGCCGCUCCACUCUCGCCUGGUCCUCCGCCAACACACGGGCCCCUCCAGCCUCCGUCGUCGGCCCCCGUCUCCCUCCUGCCUCCAUCUCCUCCUCUUGACUGUUCUCCCCACUUGCUGACUCAAGCCCCCACAGUGUGGGGCGCCUGCAGAGAACCACGGCAUACCCUACUCCGCAGUCAUCCUCGGACAGACUUCCCUCCGGGCUCCGCGUGGGGUGGGGGAGGGGCGGGCGGGGAGUGCGGUCCGCGGAGGUGGUGCUGGCGUCCGUCUCCCAGCAUGCUCCCGGGAGGCGGCUCUGGCCCGCGCCCUCCCGGCGUGCCCUUUGCCACAAAGGGCUAACUUUCUUUCUUUCUUUCUUUUCUUUUCUUUUCUUUUCUUUCUUUUUGCUUUUUGUUGUCAUUGUUCACUCCUCAUAGAACUUGGAUCAAAUCCGUGUCCGUGGUUCUUUAUGUCUGCAGUCUUGAUGCAUUCCCGUGGUGUUCCUUGCCUUCUGCUAGGAGACCGCAGCCAGCCUCAGCUCCCGGAAAGUGUGGGAGGGGUAGGCCCAGUGGGCGAGGCUGAGCCACCUCCGCUCUCCCGAUGCCCCCCAACCAUCCACCCCACCCAUCCACCCCACCCCCAACACCCGCACAGCAGUUUGGGGUCAAGAUUGAGACUUCCAUGUUCUGAAACAUGGGCUGCAAGUCUGGGGACAGUAGGAAUUCCCAGGAGAGUUUGAGUCCAUUUCCUUAGUUUCAGAAGGCCAUUUUUCCUGAUGCUCUGGGCGUGAUCACGCAGAGCCAGCCCAUUCCCGUUUCUUGGUGGCAUCUGUAGAGUUACUUACUUGGGCUGUGACUGAUGGCAGAGUGUGGGUUCCCUGCCAGCCCAGGCAUUUCCAAGGGACCUUCAGAUCACCAUGGAAGCCCUUGGAGGCCACACUUAGCCACAUUCCUGCCUCUGAGAAGAAUCACAUAGGCAACACAAAAUCCCAAUGAUGCAGUCCUCUCUGAGAUAAAACACGCUAGGAAUUCACUCAGUCCUAGAGAUCUUUGCUAAUUGGGAUGAUUUAUGGCCUGUUUGGCUGGGAAAUGUCUCUGUCAUAAUGCAAGUCCAGGAUGACCUAAGAGAAAGCAGUUUGUUUCCCUGAUGCGAACCGGUGGUUCUCACCCACUCUAGCUCUGGAAACGCAGGCGCUGCCUGAGGUCAGUUCCUUCUCGAGAAGCCAUGCCUCAGCCUUGUUUCUGAGCCCAGCAGCCACAGUCAUUGCCUGAGGAAUUCCGCCCGGCAGGGACGUGGGUUCACAGAACAGAGAUCUCGGGGGAGUUUCAAGAGCCACUAAACUCUUUCACAGCUCUUCUUCCCACUUUUCUACCUUCCUCUGCUGCCUUGCAAAUAGUUUUGACAGACUCUGUCCUAGUCAUUCAGACCUCAUUCGUGUCCUGCUUGGAAAACCAAAAGGAAAUUACUCUCUUGUGCCCUGUGUCUCUCAUCCAGUCUCUGGCUCUUGGGUUUCGGGGUUUUUGAGGAAUGGUCCCUGAACAGUAAGCUAAUUUAUCAAAAUCUAGUCCCAGCUAUGGCCCAGGAGGGGUCAGGUGGGAUCUGACACCAGGGACGAUGCUCUUCACCACACGUUUCACCUCUGUAGCAUCCUCAGUGGCCUCCAGGAAAAGACACUAAACUCAACGGAAGAGUAGCAUUGGGGUGGGGGGUGGGGGUUAUUCCUCUUGGAUUGUGAAAAUCAUCUCGAAAGGACAAAAGUAAGAUCCUAUUCUUGGGUCUCAGUGUUUGGCUAAGGAUCAUGGAAUUAAAAACUGAAAAAAAACUUUUAGAGAUUAAUUGAUCCCACAUUUCUUUUAAAGAUGAGGAAGCCGAGAGCCACUGAAUUAAAUGACUGGUCCAAAGUCACACAGCAGAUAUAAAGGCUGGCAAAAGGAUAAUGUUUCCCUCACCUUCAGGUCAUCACACCCUUUGUUCCCCAUGACACUGACCAGGUGACACAUGAUUUUCAGCCUUUACCUGGCAUCUUUCUCUUAAAUUAUGUCUGUCCCAGAUACUCCCUGCAUAUGGAAUUGUGCUUGCCAGUCCUGGGGGAGGAUGUGGUGGUGAGGAAGGCUGUCGCUAGGAUUCCCUGAGACAUCAACAGCUAGAGAUCUCAACAACUUGGAGAAAUCCCAGAAGGUGACCCUCUGAAUCCAAGAAAGGACUGCUUUGUGGAAAGCAAAGACCCAGAAGGUACUCAAGAUGACACUAGUGCUGCAGAGAAAGACAGAAGAACGAGCCUUUGUCUAGGCAAGACAGUCAUAAGCCAGGAAAUGAAACAAAUGGAAACAGGGAGCUGGCUCCCUGGGGAACACACGUUUUCAAGGCUAUGGAGUUUGUGGAUAGCGUUUACUCUGAAGAUCCGAGUGAGCAGAUCUGAGAAAGACCAGAUGUCUUUUGUCUCUUCAGUCCACUCGGACUCUGCUGGGCUCUGUGGUCAAGCCCUGUCUAGUCCACAGCCCCUGGGAGGAACGGGCUGGCUCUGGCAUUCAGUGUGGGGGCGAAAGGCGGGUUGGAAGGGAGAGUGGGCUGGGCUAAGGUAAAGAGCAGGCGCAGAGAAGUAGAUUUCUAGGAAUGAAAUGGGGCAGAUCUUAUCCUGAUGAAUUACAAGCAUUGUGUUAAAAUACCUUCUCUUUAAUACAAGGAAAAGCGAAUCCCCUUUUGGGUAGAAUUGUCCAUUCCCUGCCCUGCUCCAUUCUUCAUUUGCUAGGGGACAGUCAGAGUCCCUCUCUCAGUCCAGGGCGGGACACGGUGGCAGUGACCCAGCCAAGGCCAACAGCAGAAAGAUGACUCAGAGUUUGAAGUAGUGCCCCAGGAUGGCCUGACUUCCACUCUGUGGUCCUGCCCCUUCCUACAAAGGUCAGCCUGAGGGCUCAGAGGUUAUGAGAAAGGCAUGGGCUAGAAUGAUUACUUCAAGAUGGGUCAGAGCCUCAUUUCCUGCUACCAAUAAAAAAACUCCCUCCCACUUUUAUGAAAGUGGCUGAUAUGUGUAAGAACGGGCCAGAGGGAGACCCUUUGUGUCAAUGACUCUCUCCUCAAGGAAUGGCCCCGGGGAGUGGGAGGGGGUGGGGUUUGAGCUGCUAGCUGGAACCUCUUACGUCUCCCCCCUCCCUAAGCCCCUCCCCAACCCCAGGCAGCCUUCUUGCUUUCAUUCUCCUUGAAUGUACUUGGGAACAGGGGAGGAAAGUCUCUUACUGAAGUGCCUGAACCCCAGAACUAGAGCUUUCAGAGACGCUGUUCUUCCUGACCCAGCUUGGCCAACCUUUCCCCAACAUUCUAGUCUCGUGCUCCAGCUUCUCAGAAAGAAUAAAAGAACUCACUGUUCUAAUUAAGUAAAAAGUGAGGCUCCGUAAACCAACUACAGCAAAAAGGUAGAGAAAUACAGGGAGAAAUGACUUGUAUUUUACUAGCCCAAAUCCACACUCCCAAACUGAGAAACGCACGCAUAUCCACACGCACACACUUCAGCAGACCAAGAGAGAGAAGCAUGUUAUUAUAUUUUGUUCAUCAAAAAUAAAUCAGUAGACUAUGAAAAGCUCGGGGUCUCUCCCAAAGCUAAGGCAGGAUGGCGGGCAGGUGAGAGGGGAAGGAUGGAAACAGGGGUCGAUUUUGUAACUCAUCCAGUCCAGGCACCCUGGGGAUGACAUCGCGGGAAAGAGGACGGAUGCGCGCUGUCCAUUUCACCUGAUCCACGCCUCGUCUUCGCGUGGCUUCUGUGCUGUGUCGGUUUGGAAUGUCCGAUUUGCCUGUACCGGUCAGUUAGGCAGGAGUUACCCUCUUUCCUUCCUCCUUCAGUCUAAGUCCGGGGCCCAGACCUCAGCUGGAUCCAAGCAGGCUCAAGGAUUGGCAUGGGGAGGCGGAAGCUCUUUUCAAUCACUUUUUGGUCAUUGAAUCUGCCAUUUUAAGAUUUGCUUUAUGGAAGUCAACACAGUAAUAAAAACUACAUUCGAGUUGCAACACCACCUCACAGUGAAAUAUUUUGAGUAAAAUUUUGUUGCUAGGAUAGUCACAGGCAAAAGUUUUAUCGGCAAAAUGUUUCAAUCAUGUUAAUAAACAAGAUGAAGCUACUAGAGUCUUGUGUCCUGGUCUAGAGUCUUGUCUGUGAGUUGCAGCAUUAAUCCCUUUUUCUUCACAGUCUGACUUGGCAGGCACCAACAGCUGUAAGAAUGUUUUUAGAGCAGUUUGUCUGCCUGGUUUAGCUGACGUCAUAUGUGUAAUAUGGAAGCAGCUACACCCAAACCCAAGGGUCCUGAGUAGGGAAGAAUAUUUAACAGAUUUGUCAAU